AGCGGCGGAGCGGUUCUUUGGGACUCGGGAACACUGCAACCUGACACGGGACCUCAGCCAGCCAUGCUAACUCAACCAGCUAACUUAGCUCACUGCUAGCUGCCGUGUUAACCUACACUGGUCACAAAUAUUCCACGGAGGUGGAUAAAUGUCUUUAAAGUUUGUUGGAAAGGACAGCAUCUGUGAGUUUCCGCUUUGGUGCUGGUGGAGGGAAUGGCUGCUCAAGUGGAGAUUCAGUCUGGGAACGUAGGGAGAACAGUGGUAGGACGGCUUCACUUCAGUCCCUUAACGGACUCCAGCAACAUGAGUCCUAUUGAAAUCCCUUCCAACAAUCAGUUGGUUAUCUCUGCAGAGCCCAGUAAACCUCCCCCAGGUCCCAAACCACUGCUCAGUCCUAAACCAUUUUCUUUGGAGAAAAGCUCAUCUAUUAAGCCCAUAUUAGCACCUAAGCCACAAACUAAGCCGAGACCAGAGUCUACUCUGCUGGCUGGAUACAAACCUGAACCUUCAAGCACUUCAAAACCACAACCAUCAGUUGUUACUGACAAACUGCGGCCAGUGUCAACCAACCUCAACCGUCCUGCACCUACCUCCUUUAAACCCUCCUUGCUGAUUACUGGCCAAACAACCAAGCCUGUAGCCCAGCCAGUGAAACCAGGACCCUCUACAGACACUGAGAAACCCGCCACUCUUCUGCCAGCAGACGGGCACAAACCUGGAAAAUCACAUUUGGCCAAAAGUCCCGUCAAAGCUCCUGCAGCAGAGUGGCCUGGAACCACUAAAAAUGAAGUGCAGGACCAUAAGAAAUCCAGUAGUGGUGUGACUUCUAUUACCAGAGCUAAGUCCAUGGGCUUCCUCAUGCAGAUGAGCCAAGAGGAAAAAGACAAACAGAAACCUGAUGGUGCUGUGCCAAUGCGGCCACAACCAAGAAGUUCCAGGUCCAGGCCUGUUUCGGCUAUUUAUUUUGCCCCGCCUCCAUUCAACACAGACUCACCAGUUCCUGCCUCUCGCUGGAUUGGCAGGCAGCCUCUGUCAGCUGAUCUCACUUCCAAGUUUGAGUCUAUUGGCCUUUCUUUGCACCACAGAAGUCCAACAGUGAAGCCAAAGGAGAAGUCACCAUUGGCUGAAAAAGAGCAAAACCUUAAAGGUACUAUACCUGAAGAUGGUGGAGCAAAACUGACAGUGCCAGACCAAGGCAACAAAAAGACAGAGGAACUGGGUGCAAGACCAUUGGAGGAGGAUAAGUGUGGACUUAGCGUCAAGAGAAGAAUAAGUCUGCUCCUUGAUUCUUUGCCUUCUCCAGCAGAAGUUGAUUCAGGCCAAGGAUCAAGUCCUCACACGGGUGUGGAGCUGGUCCCUGAAACUGAACCUCAGCUGGGUGUUAAACAGCUCAUAAAACAACUGACCGAAGACACAACACAAACUCAGAGUCCACCAGAGAAACCAGCACCAAAGCCUCGCCCUUUGCCCCGUAACCUAACCAAAAGAUUCUCUGCUGAGAGGACACUAGACCAUGGCCUCCAUGAGGUGAUGGACCCCCCGGAGAGCAGCACUGAACCUCAGCGGAAGGUUGAUGAGUCAUCAAGUUUCUCCAGUGACCAGGUGAUGUUGGUGGAUACGAAAGACUCCCAUGAUCAAUCCAUGAAGGCUUCCAUGUUUGUAGAGUAUGUGGACGGACUGGCUGUUGACAGCACUGUGAAGGACAGCGGCCCCAGCAGUCAAGUACAGACAGUCCGUGCAUCUAUGUUUGAAAAUGUUGUGGAGAGACACAGUGUGCUUAUGAUGGAGGAGGGCAAGCAUGUUAACAUGGACAAGGACGUCAGUCUCCCACCAACUAAUAAAGGAAGUAUCAAUGAAGAAGGAACACUCGUCACUGCCGUCUAUAAGGAGCCUGUAUCUCCGCCCGGUCCUCUGCAAAUAAUGCAUUCCUUUGACACCGUGCAAGCAGUGGAAGGCAGCAAGGCCGUGAGCGAGAGCGUCCCAUCAGCCCAGUGGGAGGACAAAUUCAUGACUCUACGCGCCAGGCGCUCAGAAAGAAACAGCCCAGCGGCAGAGAGUUCUAGUCCAGCACCAGCAGAAGAUGCUUUGGCCAUGUUGAAAGAGCAACAGCCACGAUACCUGCGAGUGGGAGCUUUGCAGAAAUGGAAGACUGCAGACCUCAACCAAGAGGCAGGUCUGAACAGAGAAAAACUGAAGGAAGCAGAAAAGAUGAAACAAGUCAUUUUGGAGAAUAGGGGGCAGUGGGAGACGGAACAGGAGGAAGUGGCCGCUGCGCCGAAACGCCUGAAAAUGUUGCAGCCAGAAGAACAUCUGAAGCCGAAAGAAACCUACUUUGCUUUGACUGGACAAAUACAGGAGCUGGGUUCUCCUGUAGAUGUUGGGAGGGAUGUGAGCCUGCAAUUUGAAGAUUUUUCUGUGAGGACUGUGAGCUCUCAGGGGAAGAGCGCUCCAUUCAGGAGGAAUCCUUCUUUAGAUGAGGCGCUGCGAACAAAUGCUCACAUUCAAGUCGAGAGUUUGACGACAAGAAGCCACAAAUCAGACAGGGAGACUGGAUCAGUUCUGGACAGGCAGAUGACAGAGGGGGUAUUGGGUAUUGAAAAGAAGAAAGAAUGCAAAAAGAACAUACAAAAGGGAAGAGUGAAAGAACUUGAAAAAGAAACCCUGAAAGAGCUUGAAAUGAAACGGCAAGCACAUGCAGAGUUUGCACGGAUGAAGGAGCUGGAGAUGCAGAGAGAGUUUGAAAGACGACAGAAAGCAUUUGAGAAGGAGAAACGAGAAUUAGAGGAAAGUGAGAGGCAGAAACAACUUGACAAUGAGAAAAGACAAGAAUUAGAGAAGGAGCAUGUAAGAGAGAGACAACAGCAACUUGAAAGACAACAGGAGUUGGAGAAGCAAAAGGAGAUGGAAAGGGAGAAACGGCGCUGGUUGGAAAAAGAGAGACAACACGAACAGAAGAGACAGAGGGAGCUUGACAAGGCAAGACAGGUACUGGAAAUCCAAAAGGAACGGCAGAAAAUGGAAGACAUGGAGAGGAGACGGAAGCAGAAAGAAAAAGAGAGGCAGCAGCUCGCGGAGCAGAGACUUAAAGAGGAGGCAGAGAAACAGAAACAGCUCGCAGUGCAGCAGGAGCUGGAGAGACUGAAAGAGAUUGAAAGAGAAAGGGAGAUGGAGAAGGAGAGACUGAAAGAGAUGGAAAGAGAAAAGGAAAGACAAAGGGAGAUGGAGAAGGAGAGACUGAAAGAGAUGGAAAGAGAAAAGGAAAGACAAAGGGAGAUGGAGAAGGAGAGACUGAAAGAGAUGGAAAGAGAAAAGGAAAGACAAAGGGAGAUGGAGAAGGAGAGACUGAAAGAGAUUGAGUGGGAAAAGCAGAAAGAGGCAGAGCGACUAAAACAAAGAGAUUUAGAAAGAGAGAGACAGAAACAACUCGAUAUUGUCAGACAACAAUUAGAAUACCAGAAGAUGAGACAACAAGAAUUGGAAAAAGAAAAAUGGCAUAAGGAGGAACUGGAAAUGUAUAAAGAGAUGGAAAAAAGAAAACUCCUGGAGUUUGAACAACAAAAACGAGAACUGACGGAGCAACAAGUGGAGGAACUCGAGAAAUGGAAGCUGAAGGAGAAAAUGCAAAGGGAGGAGGCAGAGAAAAUGAGACAGGUAGCAAAACUGCAAGAAGCAGAAAGACAGCGACUAAAAGAGAAGCAGCAGAUGGAGGCGCAGGAACGGAGGAUGUUGGACUUAUCGCUGUUUAGGCCUAAAGUGGUGGAUCUAGAUUCUGUGCUCCGAGAUGACAUGUUUUCCAAAACCCCUUCUCAACGAAGUGACUCUGCACCUCGAUGGAAGGAGGCCUCCCCCAGAGUUCAGCAGUCUUAUAAACCUGCCAUCCUUGACAUAGACUCUUUCACUUCCCUAAGUCAAACCUCGCAGAUGAAAGAGGUGAUGCCUGUUUCUGGAAUUCAGGGUAGAGAGAUGGGGAAUGGAUCCAGAAUACAGUCUGCUCCAGCUGAGAGAGACACCAGCCAAAAGGUGCCAUCACAGUCUUUGAUGGGUUUUCCAAGUUCAACAUGUGCACCACCCUGUCAUGAUCCCUGGGAGCUGGUGUCUAGUGAGUUGUUAGUGGACAGUCCAGUGGGUGGACAUGAGCCACCUAAAAAACACUUCACCACAUCCACUCUGGAACAGUUACUCUCCAAGCAGGAGGAGAGACUCCUUGCUCAACAGAGGACCUCAUCUGCUUCACAGUGCAAACAGUCUGACAUGACCUCCUUUUCCACAACUGAAGUGAAAUUUGCAAGCCAUCCUGAUGGUGGCUCCAGCAAGAUUUCAGCAGAACCGAGCUGGCUCUCAGCAGAACCGAGCUGGCUCUCAGCAGAACCAGAACUUCAGGACAGCAGGAAAGAACUUUUGCCUCCUCAGAGAUCUCAAGGAUCCCAGGAACUAACCAGGAUGCGAUCGCGCAGUGUGUCACGACGGUCGGUACCUUUGAAUAACUCUGUGGAGGGAAGCCUUUUCAGGAUGAGGAGUCGGAGCGCCCACCGAGAACAAGAGCACCAGCGCUGGGUGAGUUCAGCGUCACAACACCAGUGGAAACCCACACGGGGACAAGAUUUUCUAAAAAUGUCUUUGCUUUACUGCUUUCUGGCUUGAAAGUGUUGUGUGUGU